CUUGUUUCUUUAAAUAGAACAAAAACUUCCCAGGUUUGUAGGGAACUCCCAAAUUCUUAGUCAUCAGUUUUAUCUGGAAAAGUCGAAAUCUGUUCAUAUGAGCAUAAUUUUAGCAGCAUUAUUUAUAAUCACAUCAUGGAUCGAGAAGAUAAGAGACGCUAUUUUAUUGUUGGAUCAGUAAUAUUAGAGAUAGUCACACCUAUGUUCCACCAGCGAGUGGAAAAAGAGUACAAGAAAAGAGGCUUUCCUACAUUUCAGGCUUUCCUCAACAGUGAAUCUGUGAUACAUAUCUUAUUUCACCUACGACAUAGAAAUGUAUGGUGCUGUGUCGACAAAAAGUCUUGUUCAAACCAUGAUGAACUGCCACUGGUCUAUGACGAGUGGGAUCUUCUAUACACGCCAAAGAAAGAUAUAGGUAGUAAUCACAGCUGUCAUUGUCAAUACACGGCUAAUUCUGUCCAACUAGAAGAACUAGACAUAUCAUUGGCUGGCCUGAUCUUGUUGAACUGUUUUGCUCUCGGAAAGGACAAAAAUGCCAUCAGUUCCCUCAGACAAUUUAAGAGUGAUUAUUUAUGUCAUAAUACAUGUGGCUCCAUGGAUAAGGAAGAGUUUGAUGCAUUGUGGGACGAUUUACAGGAUGACGUCCUACAUCUUGACCCCAGCAAACAAGAUGAACUGAUGCAGAUACAGGAGAGACCCCUGGAUGACCGUCUUAGAGUGAGAUACUGCAAGAUCCUACUGGGCAUUAUCAAACCUAAUGAGGUUGACAACAGAGAACCAGAGAGAUGUCCAAUUCAAGAUUUGUGUUCCACUUUGCUUGAAUUAAGAAAUCUGAUAGUCUCAAUGGACACAAGAUUGAGAUCUUCUACAUCUACUACUAAUGAGCCAAAUAAGGCACUUGGAGGUGUUCGAUGUCAGUCUCACACAGAUAGCUCUUUAAGAAAACAGUAUCAGCUAGGACAAGAUAUAUUCUGUCAACAUAGUGAACUUGACCUAACAAAAAUACUCAAUGAAGAACACACAGAUGAUAUAUCUGAUGCAGUGAUCAUGGAUGAUGGAAAACUUGUCAUCUGCUUGUGGAACACUAAAAAACUAUUGAUUUGUAAUGCAGAUGGAUCCCAACCAGAGAUAAUACAGUGCUUGGGACAACCAGUGAAAAUAACAGCCGUCAAUGACUCAACAGUAGCAGUUAUAUUCAUGGAAAUGCCACUUGUAGUUUAUACUUAUGACAUAAAUGCUAGACAAUUAUUGAGAACGAUAACAGUACCUGACAUGCAUCAUAUGAGUUCCGUCACAACAAUAGAGAACAAGCUUCUGAUUGGUGGAGAUCAAGGACUAUGGACUACUGACCCUGACACUGGAAAAACUCCACAGAAACUUCCAAUAGAGUGUCAACCCGUCACAGUACAUGCUUGUGGUGACAGAAUAUUCUACAAUGAAACUUCAAACGAAAAUAUUCUAAACUGUUACACAACAGCUGGUCAUGAAAUCUUCACGACUGCGUUACAAUCUUCGGCUACGAGUGUAUUUACACUACAAGAUGGUAGUCUUUAUGUAUCCUGUCGUGAUGGAACAAUACAACAUGUGUCGUCUGACGGAGAGUGGUAUACGACUGUUACCACGGAGGAACUGACAUCAAUGAAAGGUCUAAACGAUCCCAGAUACAAUCAAAAACAAAAGAAACUUAUAACCUUUAAUGAACCAACUGGAUUUGUGCACAUUUUCAACCAGAUGUAAAUUCUUUGUUCCUUUAUUUUUGCAUUGUAUUCUUGAACUUAUUGUAAAGGAAUUAUUGUUAAACAUUUUUGAUAAUUAGACAGUAUAUAAAAGAAUUUUUUUUAGAAGUUAUAUUUAUUUCCUUAAACAUGUUAAAGGAAGGGUUCGAUAAAACAAACAAUUUCAAAAUAUUAGAAGACCAGUGUUGUACUGUUUUGAUUUGCAUUAAAUUAC